AUGGUGACAUCGCAGGGUAUUCAGCUGGAUCAGGAACAUCUCUCUGCAAUAAUUGAUGCACCUGCACCAGCGGACGCUGUUCAGUUGCGUUCUCUGCUAGGCCUCCUCUCAUGCAACAGCAUCAUCUUCUCAUCUGAUAACAGAUCAGUGUCCAUCAGUCCAGUGCAGAGAUCAGACAGUGGAGAAUAUCAGUGUACAUAUAGAAACCCUGUUAGCUCUCAGACGGCAAAACCUGUGCGUCUGAUCAUCAACUAUGGACCAGAAGAUGUUUCUGUUAAGGGUGAGGAUGUGGUGGAUUUAGGGGUUCGUGUGUCUCUCUCUUGUUCUGCAAAUUCUGAACCUGCUGCUUCAUUCAGCUGGAAGUUUAAUGAAAUAGACACCAAUGUGACGACAGACACAUUCACCAUAAACGAGACUGACUUCACACACAGUGGAGAUUACAUCUGCACAGCCUCCAAUAAUGUCACAAAGAGAAACGCCUCACACAAACAUACUUUAACAGUUAAAGAAAGAGGAGGAGGGCUAUCAUCAGGGGCGAUAGCUGGGAUUGUCAUUGGGGUUUUAGUGGCAGUUGCAGGCAUUUGUGGCCUGACUGUCUAUUUAACAAAAACUAAAAAAAUCCCAAAG